AUGACCGGUCCAUCACCGGGUCUACGUGAUGCUGGAAGCCCAUCUUCUUCAAGUCAGGCUCUCCCAGGUCACGCCACUGCAGAAGACAUCGAAGAUUAUGAGCAAGCCGAUCUGAGCCUUGACAAUGCACUGCUAGCUGAUGAUCCUUUAGAAGGCAACGGGAAAGCUCCUACAACCUUCAAACGCAAACCAAAGCUAGCCACUGGCUUCGCACUCCCAAAGUUCCUCUCGCAGCCUUCCAACCAAUCCUCACGAAGCGCCAGCCCGCACACUCUGCCGGCUGCGCCUCUACCGACCGCAAGAAGUCGCAGACUGCGAGAUCUUUCCUCGAACAAUGACUCGGAUGUCUCCCUGACCAUUGGUAGCGGUCAAGCUGGGGAUGGACUCGCUUUCAGCGAUAGCAAGGACGGCUCGGCCUUGGACUGGUACACGGAGGGGCCUGGACGGCGUGUAGGUUACGAUGAUCUGACAGCGAUUGAUUGGAUUUUUGAAUACACAAAAGAGCGUCAGCGACUCCGGUACCUCUAUUCUAGUGCGACGGGACUCUUUGGCUAUGCGCAGCAGAUGCUCGAUGCCAGUCAGAUAUGGAUAAUACUGAUAGCAACUGGGAUCGCAUCAGGGGUGCUCGCUGCUGGUAUUGAUGUUGCUAGUGACUGGCUUGCUGAUCUCAAAACAGGAUACUGUCGCACUGGUGAGGGAGGAGGCCGCUUCUACUUGAACAGAGGGUUCUGCUGUUGGGGACAUCAAUCUUUGGCUCAGUGCCAGGGCUGGACUUCGUGGAGCGCUGCACUCCAUGUGCGGUCAGCUGCGGGAGCUUUCAUUGUCGAGUACAUCUUCUACAUCCUCUACUCCAUACUCUUUGCGUUUUGUGCCAGCGUCCUAGUCCAGAAUUACGCAUCGUACGCCAAGCAGAGCGGAAUACCCGAGAUCAAGACAGUACUUGGUGGAUUUGUCAUUCGCCGUUUCAUGGGAGGCUGGACUUUGGUCGUCAAGUCUCUUGGAUUGUGCCUUGCAGUGGCAUCUGGACUAUGGCUGGGAAAAGAAGGACCCUUGGUCCAUGUAGCAUGCUGUUGUGCAAAUCUCCUUAUGAAGCUGUCACCAAGCUUGAACGACAACGAAGCACGAAAGCGGGAGGUCCUCUCUGCUGCUGCUGCGGCCGGAAUUUCAGUAGCUUUCGGAUCACCCAUCGGAGGCGUCUUGUUCAGUCUGGAGCAGUUGUCCUACUACUUUCCUGACAAGACUAUGUGGCAGAGUUUUGUCUGCGCUAUGGUGGCAGCGGUGACUCUGCAAGCAUUCAACCCGUUCCGGACCGGAAAGCUCGUUCUCUACCAGGUCACCUACAGUAGUGGAUGGCAUGGCUUUGAGAUGGUUCCAUUCGCCAUCCUUGGCAUCAUAGGAGGCUUGUAUGGGGGAGUUUUCAUCAAGCUGAACCUGAAGAUUGCAAAAUGGAGGAAGACAUCCCGAUGGGCAGUCACACCUGUCCUCGAGGUUUUAGCCGUCGCACUUCUGACUGCAGUGGUCAAUUUUCCGAACAAAUUUAUGAGAGCUCAGUCAUCGGAGUUGGUGUAUACUCUGUUUGCAGAGUGCGCAAAUUUGACUGAUGACCAGCUGGGUAUUUGCAAGACUGGAGCUGCGAAUGCGGGCGUCAUCGUGCUAUUGAUUGAAGCAUCCGCCGUUGGGUUCCUGCUGGCCUCGAUUUCGUUUGGCUUACAGAUUCCCGCGGGCAUCAUUUUGCCUUCAAUGGCUAUCGGAGCUCUCUAUGGUCGCGCAGUUGGCAUCAUCGUCCAAGUCUGGCAAGGCAACCAUUCCGACGCACUAAUUUUCGCAACUUGCGAGCCUGACAUACCUUGCAUCACACCAGGGACGUAUGCGAUCAUUGGCGCAGCUGCGGCUCUUGCUGGAGUGACGAGAAUGACAGUCUCGAUUGUGGUUAUCAUGUUUGAGCUUACAGGUGCCUUGACGUAUGUCUUGCCUAUCAUGAUCGCAGUCAUGAUAAGCAAGUGGGUAGGGGAUGCCUUUGGCAGACGUGGCAUCUACGAGACCUGGAUUCACUUCAAUGAAUACCCUUUCUUGGACAACAGAGAUGAAUCAACAGUUCCAGAUGUCCCUAUCUCACAAAUCAUGACCCAGAAGCAAGACCUGUCCGUUCUUACCGCUACAGGCCAUACGAUCCAAUCUAUCCACGACAUGCUCGUCGCUCAACCGUAUCGAGGUUUUCCAGUUGUCGGUAACGCUACGAAUAACAUCCUGCUAGGCUAUAUAUCUCGCACCGAGCUCAUCUAUGCGAUCAGACUUGCCGCCGCAGAGCCUCGAAAAUUGCCGCCAUCAACCGAGAUCUUCUUCCACCACCAGCCUGGUGCGGAUACUCAGACGACGUUAGACCUGCGACCCUGGAUGGAUCAGACGCCCAUUACACUCAAUGGCAAAAGCAGUCUCCAGUUAACACUCAGCAUGUUCUCGAAGCUUGGCCUACGCUACGUCUUGUUCUGCGACAGAGGCGCCCUUCAAGGUCUCCUCACUAAGAAAGACAUCUGGUAUGUGCUGGAUAGUGCUGAAGAAGGAUCGCAUAAGAUGGGUGGUGGCGCGCUCAGGGAGGAGCAAGGGGGCGAAUCUAGAGGCCUGCUAAACAGGAACGAUAGCGAUGGAGACAUGCCGGAGGACGAACGAUGA